AUGAAUAUGUUUCCAUACACACCAUCGCAGCUAUAUACGAUGCAUCCACAUCAACAACAACAGCAGCAACAGCAACAACAGCAAGCAAUGUAUGCUCAACAACAACAACAGCAACAGCAACAAGCUAAUAUGUUGUACUACCAGUAUAAUCAGUUACAUUCAAUGCAAGCUACUUAUUCAAAUCCUGCUCUUACCUCUCCCAGAUAUAUGCAACAGACAAUAGAGCAGCAACAACAACCAGCAUAUCGACCUGAUCAAUUAGUGCCACUAUCUACACCACAAGGAAUAGCUCCUGUUCAACAAAAACAGCAGCAGCAAAUUCAGCGUGCUAGUCCGAUUACAAUAAAAGCAAUGGAUUCGCCAGAUGUUUGGAUGAAUAACAGUGGAUUACAAAAUCUUGAUAUUUUUCGACCUAUUAUCCAUGCAAUGUCCAAUACGAAACUUGAUACUGUUUCUUAUAUUACUAUCAACAAUGCUAUUGGAAGUACUCCGUCAACACCGUCCAUGGCCAUGUCGUACGAAUCACCUAAGUUAAAUCGUCACCGUCAUUCAAAACGGCAACCAUCAAUAGAUAGUCGUCGUAUUCGCCGACGUCUUCAUAGUGCGUCGAGCUGCUAUGAAUCUGAUUCAAUGGACGUCUAUAGUCAAGAGGAAAAUGAAUCAGAGUGGCAUUCAGCAAAUCCAAAGGCUUCGGCAACAAUAUCACCAGUAUCAAAAAAACGAUCACAUUCAACAGGUCAAUCAGAUUUGUCGAAGCCUAAUCAUAGCCUAAACGAUAUUCAUCGAUCAUCAUUGAAUCAUCAUGGAUUUAUUCCGAUUCGUAGUCCAGCUGCAGAAUCACAUACAAAUCGUAAUUCCUCAACGAAAAAUUAUAAUCGUACUGUUUCUCGACCUAAAAUUAUUCAUUAUAUUGAAAAGAAUAUUAUCGGUAAAGAUUAUAUUUUUCAAGGACCAUGGGGUUUCAGACGAAUGAUCUAUUGUGAUUAUACAGCAUCAGGUCGACCAGUACAAUUUAUUGAACAUUUUAUCAAAACCUAUGUACUUCCUUUAUAUGGUAAUACGCACAGUGAAACAAGCUUAUGCGCACAGCAAACAACAAAAUUUCGUGAAGAAGCCCGCCAUAUUAUUAAAACAUCAGUUAAUGCUAACGAAAAUGAUGUUUUACUAUUUGCCGGUACUGGCUCAACUGGUGCUAUCCAUUUGCUUGUUGAUACUUUUGAACUCAAUGAUGAAGUCAAGAGAAAGAAUACAGUUGUUUUUAUUAGUGCUUUUGAACAUCAUAGCAAUAUUUUACCAUGGCAAGAAAAAGGUGUUGAAAUGAUUCGAAUACCAACAACACAACAUGGCAUACUUAAUAAAUCGCUACUCAAAGAAUAUUUACAACAGUUUGCUAAAUUAAAGAAACGCAUCAUUUGCUCGUUAAAUGCUGCUAGUAAUAUUAGUGGUAUUUUAACUGAUGUUGAUUCUAUAUCAACACUUGUUCAUUCGUAUGGUGGUCUCAUUUUUUGGGACUAUGCUACAGCUGCUCCAUAUAUUAAAAUUGAUAUGAAUCCAUCAGCUACUGCCUAUAAAGAUGCUGUUUUUAUUUCGACACAUAAAUUUGUUGGUGGGCCAGGUACGCCAGGUAUAUUAAUUGCUAAGAAGAAUCUAUUUAGUCUAAAGCCUCCUAAAGCAUGCGGUGGUGGAACAGUUAAUUUCGUCACUCGUACAUGUCGCGAAUACAAUUUCGAUAUUGAAACUCGCGAAGAAGGUGGUACACCAGAUAUCAUUGGUUGUAUUCGAGCGGGUCUUGUUUUUCAAUUGAAAGAUUCGAUAGAUUCGAAUUAUAUGCAAGCUCGUGAAGAAGAAUUAGUUAAACGAUUUUAUCGACAUUUUAAAAAAACAAAAACAUUAAUUCUUCUUGGCUCUCAAACAGUCGCACGCUUACCAAUUUUUUCUUUUCUUAUCUAUGUACCUAGUGUAUGCAAAUAUUUACAUCAUAAUUUUGUUUGCCUUCUGCUAAAUGAUUUAUUUGGUAUACAAGUUCGAUCAGGCUGUGCCUGCGCUGGACCAUAUGCACUUGAUUUACUAAAUGUUGAUGAUGUAAAAACAGAUAUUUAUUGUUUGUUUAUGACCGAAAAUGCUGAAGCACGAGGAGACGAUCAAAUUGUUCGCACAAUGAUGAUGAAGCCGGGCUUUACUCGUUUUAAUUUAUCCUAUUUUAUUAAUGAUGAUGAAAUCGAAUACGUUCUUAAUGCUAUUCAAUUCAUUGCAAUUGAAGGAUGGAAAUUCCUCCCAUUAUAUACUUAUAAUCCAGUUACUGCUGGUUGGACACAUCGCAGUGAUUUUCAAGUAUCUCACUCAAGCCUAGAUGAUAUAACUUAUAAAUCGGGUAAAAUGCAAAAUUAUGGUGUUAAAAAAGAUUUAAAACCGCCUAGUACACAAAACGAUCUACGAGAUCCAUUCCAUGAAGCAAAAUUAUUGGCCGUUGAUGCUGUACGUCAUGCACUUGAUACUAUUGAUUAUGGAUUUGAUCCACCACUCAAUGUUCCUGAUAAAUAUAAACAUAUGGUUUGGUUUGCAUUACCAGCUGAUAUUGCUUCCGUGAUGAUUAAACAGAAGGAAAAUUCUCGAAAAACACUUUGUAACAUUGAUUCAAUUCCUUUCAUACCUACAGAAGCAAAGGAAAGACUUCUGAACUCAUUGAAAGGAAGAGAAUCUAUUAAUGGCAGUGAUUAUCGAAAGAAACUUAGUUCAAGCCGUAGUUCAUCAUCAUAUCGUACACGAUAA